ACGACGUCGCGGCGUUUCUUCCCUGUAAACCCUAAACCCUAGCCGAAUAUUUUUGUCCGAAAAGAAAGAAUAAAACACUGCUCGCAAACCACACUACACCACUUCUUCACUUUCCUCCAAUGGCUCCCGCAAGGAAGAAACCUUCUAAGCCAAGCAAAUCUCCUAAGAACCCUAAGAAGAUCCAACCCAAGCACGAUUCCAGCUCCGAAUCCGAAGAAGACACGCCGCCGCAGCAACUGCAACCGGAGCAACUCGAACUAGGCGACAACUCCGAUUCCGCGUCGGAGCUCUCUUCUGUCGGUGACGAUCCUUUAGCCGACGAUUUCCUCCAAGGAAGCGAUGACGACGAAGAGAAAGCCUCAGGUUCGGAGUCAGGUUUGGAGUCAGGUUCGGAUUCCGAUUCGGAUGACGAUGACAUUGAAAAGAAGUCGAGAGCUAUUGAUGAAGAGAAGGCGAGAGAGGAAGAGGAUGCGGAUGCCGAAAUGCAGCUCAACAUCAACCAAGAGUCUGAUGAGUUCAGAUUGCCUACCAAAGAGGAGCUUGAGGAUGAGGCUCUCCGCCCACCUGAUCUUUCCAAUCUCCAGAGGAGAAUCAAAGAGAUUGUUCGUGUUCUUUCAAAUUUUAAGGCUUUGAGGCAAGAUGGGUCAACAAGAAAGGAGUAUGUUGAACAGCUUAAGAAAGAUUUAUGUACGUACUAUGGCUACAAUGAGUUUCUAAUUGGUGCUCUAGUGGAGAUGUUUCCAGUUGUUGAACUCAUGGAACUGAUUGAAGCCUUUGAAAAGCCACGCCCUAUGUGUCUAAGGACUAAUACAUUGAAGACACGCAGACGGGAUUUGGCGGAUGUUUUGAUAAAUAGGGGAGUAAAUUUGGAUCCUUUAAGCAAGUGGUCAAAGGUUGGACUUGUUGUGUAUGAUUCUCAAGUGCCUAUUGGUGCCACUCCGGAGUAUAUGGCUGGUUUCUACAUGCUGCAAAGUGCAAGCUCUUUUCUGCCUGUUAUGGCUUUGGCUCCUCAAGAGAAGGAACGUGUCAUUGAUAUGGCAGCUGCACCUGGUGGUAAAACAACUUACAUUGCUGCUCUAAUGAAGAAUACUGGAAUAAUAUUUGCAAAUGAAAUGAAGGUACCAAGGCUCAAGUCAUUGACUGGAAAUUUGCAUCGCAUGGGUGUAUCUAAUACUGUAGUGUGUAACUAUGAUGGAAAGGAGCUUCCGAAGGUUUUAGGUGUCAAUGUUGUUGAUAGAGUAUUAUUGGAUGCUCCUUGCAGUGGAACUGGGGUUAUAUCCAAAGAUGAGUCAGUUAAAACCUCUAAAAGUCUGGAAGAUAUACAGAAAUGUGCGCAUCUACAAAAGGAGCUCAUUCUUGCAGCAAUUGACAUGGUGGAUGCUAAUUCAAAAUCUGGGGGAUAUAUUGUUUAUUCUACAUGCUCAAUUAUGGUUGCCGAGGUUCGUUUUUCAGUUGAAUCUAUUAAGUUGAUAUGCUCUUUUUGCUUUUUUAUUUGUCAUAUGUUUCUAAAUUUUCUUUCAUUAAAUAUUCUUCAGAAUGAAGCAGUUAUUGACUAUGCACUCAAAAAGCGGGAUGUUAAACUGGUUCCUUGUGGACUUGAUUUUGGGCGUCCAGGAUUUACAAGGUUUAGGGAACAACGUUUUCACCCUUCUUUAGAAAAGACAAGGCGUUUCUAUCCUCACGUACAGAAUAUGGAUGGUUUUUUUGUGGCAAAGUUGAAAAAAAUGAGCAGCUCAAAACCUGGGGCAAAAUCAUCAGAGACAGCCGAGAAGGAAGAAGACACUACCACGUUCGUGGAGGAAAAGGAGAAAUCAAGUUAUGGCAUAAAAGAAAAUGGCAAUGUAUCUUCUGAAUCCGAAUCCAAAAACGGGAAGAAAAGAAAAUUCCCCUCGAAACCAAGUAAUGGUCUAAAAGAAAAGGGCAAAGAAUCUUCUGAAUCUGAACCCAAAAAGAGGAAUAAAAGGCUAUUUCCAUCUAAGGAAGAGAUUUCAAAAGCCAGGGAGGAGAAAAGAAAUGCUUUAAGAGAAAAAAACAGAAAAGGUAGCAAACGACAGAAGAAAAAAUGAUCAAAGCCAGUGGCAAUACAUGAGAGGCAGUUUUAGCACAGAACAGACUCGACUCGACUCGAAGAUGGAAGUACUGGGGUGUUUGCCUGUUAUGGGAGUGUACCCUGGAAUCAGUUGCAUGCCCUAAUCUAGGGCACAUUUUUGUUUUGUUUUUAAGAGGUAUAUUUUAACUUCCAUCUGCAAAGGUGUAUAUCAGAAAGAAAAAAUAUUCCUUUUUCGUGGCAUCAAUUAAUUGGAGUUUAUUUUCUUAUCAUUA